UGAAGACUAACAGAUCAGUUCAUCCUGAAACAAAGUUCUUCAUCAGAGAAAAAGCUGGGGCAGCAACCAUUAUAAAUGCAGAAACACAAUGGAAUCAGUCUCACGUUUCACAGGACGGGGCUGUCUGCUCUGAAACAGACACUCUAACCGACAAAGUGUUAACGGUGGACAUGUGCACAACUCGGGAUGACGUCAAGCUGGAGCAGUUGUUACCAAAGCACUUAAAUCCCAGUAAAAAGUGCAGCACUGAUUCACUGAGUAAUAUCACUAACGCUAAAUGGAAUGACAGCCCAAACCCAAAUGUCUUACAAUCAGACGCUACAAGCACUAACAGAACAGCGAGCCAAGAAUCCUCUCCAUCUGCCUCUUUCAAAAGAAAGCGAAGAAAGAAGAGACGACUCAGUGUUGAGACAGCGGAGAGUGUGCAUGCAUGUGAGAGGCAGGUGUCAGUCAAGCAGAGUGACUCAGAGGAAGAGCAUUGUUUAUGGAGAGGAGGAAUGGGUCUAUGUCCAUCAGAGAAUUUUCAUUUUUCUUAUAUUAAUCAACCACAAAAAACUCUUAUUCCCUCUUUAAUGUCAUAUUCAGCCACCAGCAAUCUCCCUGUGAAGAUAUCUUCAAAGGACAUUAAUGUAAAUGAUCUUUCUCAUGAAAUUCUUCCAUGCUCCAGUCAGUAUCGAAGGUUACAAGAGAGCAUAGCCAGACACACAGGUUCUAUGGAAAAUAAUGCAAAUAAUGGUAGGUCAGUAACACUACUGAGUCAAACUAAUAAGGGUUUAAUGUCGGCACAAAACAACAGUGGUAAUGUGGCAACAAACUUCAAAACGUGCUGUAAAUUACAAGUUGAAGACUCCGCAUCGCUGAUGAAGUAUCCAGCGUUGCCAGUUUCAUUAACUGACCUUGUAACUGGUACAUCUCCAAAUGCAGGACGUCUCUGGACCUCUGAUGAAAUUAAUCAUCCUUUCAAUUAUUGUGAAAAUGAACACAACUCUGGAUCGUGUACAACAGAGGUCAAUUCAAUAACAAAUAGUAUUUUACCAAGCACAGAGUCAAAUGAUCCCACUGUGGAUGUCAGCCAAGAUGACAAACUAUCUGCUACUAAGUCAGUCCUGGCUCAAGAGUCUGGAAAUUCUGGCAGAAACAAGCACACACUGUGUGAAAGAGAGUCCCAACAACAGCUGGAAAUUGACUGUCACUACACUGACCAAUAUAGCACUACUCUGGGAAAGACUCAGUUACUUCUGUCUGCAAUUUCCACAAGCGGUUCUGACGCUUACGACACACUACGAAAGCCAAUAAAAACUAGAACCUUUCCAUCCAUUGAGAAAGUUUCCAGUCAAGUGGACUGUUCGAAAUUAAUAUUAGAAAGCAGCAAUACAUCGCCUGAUAAAAGCUGUCUGUCUAAAAGUCCCCCAGAUCUGGAUAUUAAUAUGACAGUCCAGCAAACUGAACCACCCUCUGUGCUUUAUGUAGUUUCCAAAUUAAAUUUUUCAUCAGACAAAGAAAUUACAAGUGAAAGAGCCGAAUUAGUAACACCACUAAGAGUGGCUACUCAUAGUGGGAACCCUGAACUAGCUGAUGAAAUGAAUCAAACAGGCAAACAUAAUAGAGAUACCACACUGUCUGUGUCUGGAAACGUACUAACAAGUCCUUCAGAUAGUACACCAGUGUCAUCCUGUGGUACUUUAGACACAGAGUCGGGUUUCCCCUACUCACAUGAAAAUAUAUCAGACAUGUCAGGGAGUUCUUGUUUAUCUGUCAGUCAAAAUUACUCUGAAGAAGAAAACAAAUCACUUUUACUUGCAAAACAAGAAGCAGGAGAUGGAAACUGUACACCAAUAAGUCAGACUGUAUCAGAAGUCACAAUACAGUCAAUUAGUGAUUUAGUGGUUGAAGAAGAAGAUGCUUUCACUGCAUCAACAGCAGAUUGUGAGCAUGCAAAGGCACCUGAUAAAAAACAUUCAGUGUUUGCCAUGUCUUCUUUUUGGAAUGAGAUGGAGAAACUUACAAUCAAUGAUAUCUUGGGUUUGCGAAGCAAAGCUGCACAGUCCAGCUCCCUCUCACCGUUACAGGAAAUUGAGGAGACUGACAUGUUGGCAAUGACAGACUCUGGCUUUUUUAAUCAACUGGACGAGUCCAAGGCUGAGAAAACCAAUGAGGACACUUAUACUGAUCCUAACAAUGCAGGUUCAAGUUCAGGUUCUGGUUCGACAGACAAUUCUUCCUCUUCAAAAACAGUAAUAUGGGAAAAGGAACCUGCUAGCUUGAGUCUAGCUGCUGAUGUUUAUCCUAAGAAUAUGAUGCUGACAUCUGUUAGUGACAUUCCUAAAACUGUCCUCCCUGGAAGCACUCACACGUGCCUCAGACAGAUUUCUAAAAAUGUAAGUGUCCAUAAUCUAUCUGCCCUGGAAUCUCAGUAUUACAGCUGUAGAUUGAAAGGCCAAACUAAAAGCUCAGACACAGGUGAGUUGGAUAAAGUUGAACAUUUCAGUGAUGGACACAUGCCUACUAAAGACGAAGACAGUUUGGCUCCAUCUUCUGCAGAGAGCUACAGAAUCUCUCUCACAGAUAUAUUUAAGUACCUCUUUGGUGGAAAGCAAACAAUUCCCAGCCAGUCUGCCACAGAUACCAUAACAGCCCGCUACACUGAUGGGAAUUCUGUCUCAGAAACGUACGAUCAUUUCUUCUCAGAGUUUGAUACAGAAAGCUUCUUCUACCCUCUCAGCACAGCAAAAGAGCAGACCAAAGACAAACUGGUUCCCAUCUUCUCCUGCUCUCGCUCAGUUAACAGAAAUCUACAGUAUCCUGAGGCUUAUGAGUACUUCUUUGCAUCCUCUUCUUCUGAUGAUUCUUCCGAUGAUGAAGACAAUUGCGGUCCUGUAAGGGUGGUGACCAGGUUCAGCCGUAUACCAAGUGCAUCUCGGAUUUGUACUGACAUAUAUGACAAUUUCUUCACAGAUAGAGACCUCCAACAAAAUUUAUUUUGGAAGAACACACUCUCCUUCAGAAAUAUUAGUUUUGCAGGAUCUAAAGUCCAAAAGCAGGCACUCUCAAAUCCUCUGUCUCCUGCACCCCUGAGACAAAGUGGCCGAUUCCCUCCAAGGACAGUUCACAGUAUAAAUGCUCUGGGAAAUCAAGAUGUGAUGUUUUCUGAUCCACUUCUCUACCACCUGGAGGACAGGAUCUCUAGACAACUAGCUCAGCAGUCGUUAAGAUAUGAGGACUUUCAGAUGGCUGUUUCAAAUCCAAGGUUGGACGCCUCCCUCUUGCCUAUCAGACAUUCAGAUAUGUGCUUGCUCUGUAUAGCAUUUGCUUCAUGGGUGCUAAAGACUACAAAUCCACAAGUUGGAGAUGCCUGGAAGGCUGUCCUGCUGGCGAAUGUAAGCGCCCUGUCAGCCAUUCGAUACCUGCGGAAAUACGUCAGGAUGGAGGCGGCAUCCAGUGAGAAGAAAUUGCAUUACAAUUCCCCAUCGGGUUUAUGACGUAUCUACCUUCCAAUACGUCAUUGCUAUUGAUAAAACAUUUUUCCAUAAACAUUUUUCCAUAAACCGGUGCAGGACCUAUGCCUUAAAAAAGUUGUUAACCUUAAUAUGCUCUGUCAUUUUUGCUUUUAUGUUUCUUUUAUUUGGAUUUUUUCCUUAUAUCUCAGUUGAAUUUUUGAUUGUUUUGCUACUAAAAAAUAUUGUUGUUCUGACAUUUGAACAUUAAACGAAUGAACCCCUUUAUAUGAAGAUGAAUCAUGUAUAGUGAUCAGAAAGACAUGCUUACAUGUGUGUAUAUAUGGUUUAAGUGUGUGCUUAAGGUUAAGAUUAGAGGCAGGUUGAACCAGAGAUGUACAGAGUUGAGAUUGUAGAGGAAAAUGUGAUUUAUGGAUUAAUUUGAGGAUCUUAAAGCCUGAAAAGCUUUUUUUAUGACCUUACAUUCAUUUUGCAGUUGCUUUGAUCCUUAGUGAUUACUUUAACUACUAAACUUUAACUUUCUACUACCAAAAGUGAGAUGAUAUUUAUUGAAAUGUAGUGUAAUGUUUUCAAAGAUGACAAUCUAACAACAAAAGCCUUAAACAUAAUUUAUUAGAAGGGACUGUAUUCUCUGCCAGUAUCAGUUUUAUAUUGUAUGAAGAGCAUGUGAUUUUGAUGGUAAUGUUUAAUAGAGUUCACAUGGUUUGCUCGUUGAGCUUUUGUCUUUUAGUUUUGCUAUAGUAAAC